UGGUUUGAGCGUGUCUCCAUGCUGGCUAUUCUUCUGAACUGUGUGACGUUGGGAAUGUUCCAGCCCUGUGACGACGUUCACUGUCUCAACAACCGCUGCUCUUUCCUACAGGCUCUGGAUGACGGUAUCUUUGUGUUCUUUGCGGUGGAGAUGCUGGUGAAGAUGGUGGCUCUGGGUGUUCUAGGUCAGAAGGGUUACCUUGGCGACACCUGGAACAGACUGGACUUCUUCAUCGUUAUCAUCGGGAUGUUGGAGUAUUCUCUGAACGGACACAACGUCAGCCUAUCAGCCAUCAGGACUGUCAGGGUGCUCCGCCCACUACGAGCCAUCAACAGAGUACCCAGUAUGCGUAUCCUGGUGACUCUGCUCCUAGACACUCUCCCCAUGCUGGGGAACGUUCUGGCACUCUGUUUCUUCGUCUUCUUCAUCUUCGGCAUCGUGGGCGUGCAGCUGUGGGCGGGGCUACUGAGGAACAGGUGCUUCAUGGGAGAAGACUUCAAAACGAUAUACAACGUCUCCUUCCUGACUGUGUACUAUCGUCCCGAGGAGACGGAGGACAUCCCUUUUAUCUGCUCAACCAAUCGGGAGAACGGAAUGCUGCGGUGUUCCGACGUUCCGCGCCGCCGAGUGGAAGGGUCCUGGUGCAUGCUGGGGGCAGAAGGGGUAGGGGAGGGGCCUGGGGCAGAUGGACCAAUAGGAGGCGGGUGUGUGAACUGGUACCAGUAUUAUAAUGUCUGUCGGGCUGGGGAGCGAAACCCCCAUAAAGGAGCCAUCAACUUUGACAACAUCGGAUACGCCUGGAUCGCUAUCUUUCAGGUGAUAACUCUGGAAGGCUGGGUGGACAUCAUGUACUAUGUAAUGGAUGCUCACUCCUUCUACAACUUCAUCUACUUUAUAUUCCUCAUCAUCGUGGGCUCGUUCUUCAUGCUGAACCUGUGCCUGGUCGUCAUAGCGACCCAGUUCUCAGAGACAAAGCAACGCGAGAACGCCCUGAUGAGGUCGGAGCAGCGUGCCCGUUACCUCAGCAACGCCUCCACUCUGGCUUCCUAUCAGGAGCCGGGGUCCUGCUACGAGGAGAUACUGCGCUACAUCGGACACCUGUACCGUAAACUGACCCGCAGAGUCGCCCGGGCCGUCACACACUGCUCUACGCACACACCUCGCUGUACUUGUUGGACACACACACACCAACACACACCCAAAGGAGAGGUGAACGGAAUGGCCAAUCGGCAUUCGGGACACACCCAUGGCGUCUUCCACCUUCGUCCUCCUCCUCUUCCUCGUCCGCCUAACUGCGUGGGGGUGGAGAUGAGUAACGGGGGAGUAGGGAGGAAGGGCAGGGAGUUAAACUACCCCUCUAUCUACCCCCACGACCUCUACGACCUGACCCCCGACCCCAGCUACAUGACCUCCAGGGGGAGGGGCCACACCGUCACACUGGUGUUAGAGCCCAAUAAGAAGGCAGAGCACAGGGAGUCGUUGCCGUGCCCCUACUGCGUCCACGACGACCAGCUUUGUGACAACGACCGCGCCGAUUUUGAACCUAGCGACCGGCGCCAUGGCAACCUGAGCCCUCGCCGCGGUAACAGCCUUCGGCGUGUAGAUGGACAGGCCUUGAGGCCAAUCAGAGUCCUAGUUGGGUGGUGGGCGGAGCUACAGGCCAGGUUGGAGCAUGUGGUGAGCAGUAGAUACUUCAACAGAGGGAUCAUGAUCUCCAUCCUCAUCAACACUCUCAGUAUGGGGAUAGAGUUCCACCAACAGCCCCAGGAGCUGACUGACAUCCUAGAGAUCAGUAAUCUAGUGUUCACCAGUCUCUUCAGUCUGGAGAUGCUGCUGAAGCUGCUGGCCUUCGGACUCUUCGGCUAUAUCAAGAACCCGUACAACGGCUUUGACAGCGUCAUCGUCAUCAUCAGUGUAUGGGAGAUCAUUGGGCAGGCGGACGGCGGUCUGUCAGUCCUGCGUACGUUCCGUCUGCUGCGGGUCCUGAAGCUGGUCCGGUUCCUGCCCGCCCUGCGCAGACAGCUGGUGGUUCUGAUGAAGACUAUGGACAACGUAGCCACCUUCUGCAUGCUGCUCAUGCUAUUCAUCUUCAUAUUCAGUAUCCUAGGCAUGCAUCUGUUUGGCUGUAAAUUUGGUCUGAAGCUGGACAGUGGAGACACGCUACCUGACAGGAAGAACUUUGACUCGCUGCUCUGGGCUAUCGUCACUGUGUUCCAGAUCCUGACUCAGGAGGACUGGAAUCUGGUCCUGUAUAACGGUAUGGCCUCCACCUCUCCUCUCGCUGCUCUCUACUUUGUGGCUCUGAUGACCUUUGGGAACUACGUCCUCUUCAACCUGCUGGUGGCCAUCUUGGUGGAGGGCUUUCAGGCGGAGGGUGAUGCUAACAGGUCAGAGACCGACGAUGAGAAACUGUCGACCUUAGAAGAGGAGGAGAAGAUGAAGGAGCUGUAUUCAGCAGAGUUGAAGCUCCAGGCGAUGAUGUUGACUCCUAAUGGCCUUCUGAAUCCCCGAGCCUCCAUGCCCCUCCCACCCACACAGUCACCGUGGCAACAACCGCCGCCACCAUCCCCACGGCAACGCCCGCCACUCAUCCUGCACACAUUGGCCACGCCCACAACUUGCGACAGCCAAUCACGACGGGGCAGCGCCGUCUCUACGGAUACAAGCAACACCCUGGACCCCAGGUCGCCGUCUCCAUGGGACAGCCGGCGCGCCAGCUGGUCUUCUAUUGGCCGAGGUCCCAGCCUACAGCAGCGGAGGAGUCAAUCAAGUGAGAGAGAUUCUCUGCUGUCAGAAGGGGCGGGGUCAGAAUGGUCCAAUCCCAGCUGGGGGUGGAGCAGGGAGGAGUCUUUCGACCUCCUGGACCAAUCAGAGUAUCUGACCGUGCCGAUGCUCCGCCCACCUGACUGUAACGGGAAGACCUUUCACCUCCCUGACGCCGGGACCCUACGUUACUAUAGCGACCACGAGGAGGAGGAGGAGGACGCUGAGGAGAGUGUGUGUUUGCGGGUGAAGCUGGUCCUGGAGCCCUAUAAGCCCCAGUGGUGUAGAGAUCAUGAGGAUUGGGCUCUCUACCUGUUCUCCCAUGUAACCAGGUUUCGUCAGUGGUGUCAGAGAGUGAUAACUCACAAGAUGUUUGAUCACAUAAUCCUCCUUUUCAUCUUCCUCAACUGCAUCACCAUCGCUCUGGAGAGACCAGACAUACAGACACACAGUACAGAGAGAGUGUUCCUCAGUGUGUCCAACCAUAUCUUCACUGUGAUCUUCAUAGCAGAGAUGACCGUUAAGGUGGUAGCCCAGGGUCUGUACUCAGGUGAAGCAGUCUAUCUGAAGAGCAGCUGGAAUGUUCUGGAUGGACUGUUGGUGUUUGUCUCUCUGCUGGACAUUCUGGUUUCCAUAGCAUCCGCCGGCGGUAACCGUAUCCUAGGAAUCCUCAGAGUGCUGCGACUCCUGCGUACCCUUCGACCCCUCAGGGUGAUCAGUCGAGCCCCAGGUCUGAAGCUGGUAGUCGAGACUCUGAUCACGUCUCUGAGACCCAUCGGAAACAUCGUCCUCAUCUGCUGCGGCUUCUUCAUCGUGUUUGGAAUACUGGGAGUACAGCUUUUCAAGGGUAAGUUCUUCCACUGUGAGGGGGCGGACGUGAGGAACGUGACCAAUAGGACUGACUGUCUCCGUGCCGGCUACCGGUGGACACGACGCAAAUACAACUUCGAUAACCUGGGACAGGCGUUGAUGUCUCUGUUUGUCCUGUCCUCUAAAGACGGGUGGGUCAGCAUCAUGUAUGACGGACUGGACGCCGUUGGGGUAGACCAGCAGCCGGUGAGAAACCACAACCCGUGGAUGCUCCUGUUCUUCAUCUCCUUCCUCCUCAUCGUCAGUUUCUUCGUCCUAAACAUGUUCGUGGGCGUCGUCGUGGAGAACUUCCACAAGUGUCGUCAGGACCAGGAGGAAGAGGAGGCCAAGGCCCGGGAGGAGAAGAGAGCCAAGAGAGCAGAGAAGAGGAGGAGGAAGGCCCAGGAGAGGCCCUACUAUGCUGACUACUCCCCGGUGCGUCUCACCAUCCACACGUUGUGCACCAGCCACUACCUGGACCUCUUCAUCACCGUCAUCAUCGCUACCAACGUCCUCACCAUGAGCAUGGAGCACUACAACCAGCCGCAGUAUCUGGAGGAGGGGUUGAAGUAUUGUAACUACGUCUUCACUCUGGUGUUUGUUAUCGAGACGGUCCUCAAACUCAUCGCCUUCGGGCUGAGACGGUUCUUCAAGGAGAGGUGGAACCAGCUGGACCUGGCCAUCGUGUUGUUGUCCGUCAUGGGCAUCACUCUGGAGGAGAUUGACCUCAACGCUUCACUGCCCAUCAACCCCACCAUCAUACGCAUCAUGAGAGUACUGAGGAUCGCUAGAGCUGAGGCUCCAUUGUCUGGGGGUCUGUCCAGCUGA